CACCCACACCGCGACCGAUCGUCCUCUUUCCCUACACCGCGAUACAGAGACACCGCAACCGAAGUCAUCUGUCGCCCCCGUCCAGUAACCGACGACCUCUUUCGCCUUCUCUGGCUCCGAUGGCUUGAUUUCCUCCUCCUUGUCCGCCUCCUUCUCUCUCAUCUCUCUUCUGAAAUCCAGCGAAUCUCCCAAUUGCUGAGAUCGAGAAGCCGAAGCCGGAGCUGCAGUGGCCGUCUGUCCUUUCUCUUUCCACGGGCCUCCCCUUCUCAGCCCCUCUCUUCGACCGUCGAGGCGGCGACGGCCAUCGCUCUCAUCGACGGCACUUCUGAGGAAAUUACGGCUAUUAAGGAGCAAGAGAAGCAAAUUAACGAUUUUAGACAACAUUAGUGGGAUUAUAAGACCUUCAAGAUGUCAGGUAGCACAACAUACAAUGGCCAUGGCUUAAACGAGUUUGUACCGCAGAGGACGUCGGCUUAUGUCAGUCAACAGGACUGGUUUGCGGUGGAGAUGACUGUAAGGGAGACUCUUGACUUUGCAGGACGGUGUCAAGGUGUUGGAUUCAAAUAUGAUAUGCUAGUAGAACUAGCAAGAAGAGAAAAGAUUGCGGGGAUAAAACCCGAUGGUGAUCUUGAUAUAUUCAUGAAGUCAUUAGCUCUUGGAGAGAAAGAGACAAGCCUUGUGGUAGAGUACAUCAUGAAGAUAUAUUGGAUCCAGAAGCACAUUUUUGUUGGGAUUUGGCAUUCAAGGAGAGUAGGCAUUCUACUCUAUGUAAUCUUCGCAGAGAUCUUGUUUUGGGGCAUUGUCGCUGACAUUUUGCAUUGGGGUCUUUACCGAGCUUAUUCAGCAGAUGCAAGUAAAAGGUGCGCAGAUAAGAACGACAAGGAUUUGGAUCGGGCGAGUGAGAGGCAGGAUCUUGAAGGAAAAGAGCUAAAGCAAGAAACUACUUUGCAUGAACUGGAGUUGGUUGCUGUCCAUGCUCUUCAUGAACUUGUUUCUUUAGUUCACAGUCAUGUCAAUGCUGCAGGGCAAUAUGAUUUUGAGUAA